AUUGUGAGGGUGUAGGUUGGGAGCAAGACCAGUAUCUCCUCAGGAUAUUUGUUCAUAUCUAAAUGACCGGUGUAGGUCGUAUAGGAGAAACUAUGAAGAUGUGAUGGUUGUAGCUCAAGGCUGUUUGCUCUUGGAUGUGGUUGUCACUGUUGGUUUUACUUGCUAUCAGCAAAGAUGAGGUUAUGAUUAACUGUUUAAGCAAAUAAGAUUGUCAUUUGAGACUUUGUCCACAGGCCUUUGCGUGCAGAUCGUGGUUGAGCUUCACAAAAAUGUGGAAUAAGAUCUAGAAAAGUUUAUUUUGUAGUGCAAUUUCAUCACAGAAGCAGGACUUGGACAAAGGUGUGAAUUCUGAGUCAGUUGGAAUUGAUAUUUGUACCCAAACCACCUACAUCAGAGAAAGAUGAACUCCAGAGAAAGAUUGAACUUUGGACUUAAAAUGACCAAUCGAAACCCUUUAAAGUGAGGAUGAUGGUGCUUUUGUUGACAUACUGACAUCAUUGGUUGACUAGCCAAUGGUAAAAUGACUGAAAUCUUGGAAAUGGCACAAAUUUGGCGACCUUGGACCAUGUAUUGCUCAAUAACCCAGCCUACAUAAAAGUUAAAAAUAAAGAAAUGACAACAGUGAGCUUGGCAAGCUGAGAGUUAGAUUAAUUCCACAGUGACUAAAGCUGUAUUUUCCCUCUAUUUUUUUUGUUCUUCUUUUGUUUUUCAUGCCUGAAGGGUUCCCAUGACAGGAACACACAUGUAAGUACAGUAAGCCACAACCUGGCAACCCUGGCAUGGAGAUCCAAGACCUGCAUUUUUUGAAGGAAUACUUCAUUCAGCUGUAAUAAAGUCUAGCGUCCAGUCAAUCAGUGAGCUAUAUUUCCUGAGGAUGCAGCGGGCAGAGGAGAAGAUGGAGCGCUUAGAGAACAGGAUGAAGCGGAGGCUGCGCGUUUGCGUGGCCACCUGCAACCGAGCGGAUUACUCCAAACUUGCCCCCAUCAUGUUCGGCCUGAAGGCCCAGCCGGAGCUGUUUGAGCUGGAGGUGGUGGUGCUCGGCUCCCACCUCAUUGACGACUACGGGAACACCUUCCGUAUGAUCGAGCAGGACGAGUUUGACAUCGGCUCCAAGCUGCACACCAUCGUCCGCGGGGAGGACGAGGCCGCCAUGGUGGAGUCCGUCGGCCUGGCGCUGGUCAAACUUCCGGAUGUCCUGCAGCGCCUGGCGCCGGACGUCCUGGUUGUCCACGGUGACCGUUUCGACGCGCUGGCCCUCGCCACCGCAGCGGCGCUCAUGAACAUCCGCAUCCUGCAUUUGGAGGGCGGCGAGGUGAGCGGCACCAUCGAUGACUCCAUCCGCCACGCCAUCUCCAAACUGGCCCACUACCACGCCGUCUGCACGCGCUCCGCCGAGAGCCACCUCAUCGCCAUGUGCGAAGACCACAGCCGCAUCCUAUUGGCCGGCUGCCCGUCCUACGACAAGCUGCUCUCUGCCCACCAGAGGGACGACUACACUGAUAUCAUCAAAGCCUGGCUUGGUGAUGAUGUGAAGGAACAGGACUACAUUGUGGCUCUGCAGCAUCCGGUCACAACUGACAUCAAAAACUCUAUAAAAAUCUAUGAGCUGAUGCUGGACGCUCUCAUCUCCUUCAACAAAAGAACACUCAUCCUCUUCCCCAACAUAGACGCUGGCAGUAAAGAAAUGGUGCGCGUGAUGAGGAAAAAGGGCAUCGAGCAGCACCCGAAUUUCCGUGCGGUGAAACACGUGCCGUUUGAUCAGUUUAUCCAGCUGGUGGCUCACGCUGGCUGCAUGGUGGGCAACAGCAGCUGUGGGGUCCGUGAAGCCGGAGCCUUUGGAACACCCGUCAUCAACCUGGGAACACGGCAGACUGGCAGAGAGACGGGAGAGAACGUGCUUCAUGUGCGAGACGCUGACACUCAGAAUAAAAUCUACCACGCCCUGGAGCUGCAGUUUGGCAAGCGCUAUCCCUGCUCUAAGAUCUACGGUGAUGGUAACGCGGUUCAACGUAUCCUGAAGUUCCUGCAGUCCAUCGACUUGACGGAGCCGCUGCAGAAGAAGUUCUGCUUCCCGGCCGUGCGAGAGAACAUCUCUCAGGACAUCGACCACAUCCUGGAAACUCAGAGCGCGCUGGCCGUCGACCUGGGUGGAACCAACCUGCGAGUGGCCAUCGUUAGCAUGAAGGGUAAAGUAAUGAGGAAGUACACGCAGCCGAACCCAAAGACAUAUGAAGAGCGGAUCGAGCUCAUACUGACCAUGUGCAAACAGGCCAUCGCCGAAGCUGUUCAUCUCAACUGCAGGAUCCUGGGAGUUGGAGUGAGUACGGGUGGUAGGGUGAAUCCUCAGGAGGGGAUAGUAUUAGACAGCACUAAGCUGAUAAAGGAGUGGAGUUCUAUAGACCUGCGCGCUCCGGUCUCUCGCGACCUGCACCUGCCCGUCUGGGUCGACAACGACGGAAACUGCGCCGCGCUCGCCGAGAAGAAGUUCGGCCACGGGAACGGCGUGGAAAACUUCGUCACUGUCAUCACGGGCACGGGGAUUGGAGGCGGUAUAAUCCAGCAUGGAGAGCUGAUCCACGGCAGUACGUUCUGUGCCGCUGAGCUGGGGCACAUCAUGGUGUCUCUGGAGGGCCCGGAGUGUUCGUGUGGCAGCCACGGCUGUAUAGAGGCCUUUUCUUCUGGACUAGCGCUGCAGAGAGAGGCCAAGAGGCUGCACGACGAGGACCUUCUGCUGGUGGAGGGGAUGAGUGUUAAUAAUAAGGAGCAGGUGAACGCCGUCCAUCUCAUCAACGCUGCACGACUCGGCAACCGCAAAGCAGAGGGAGUUCUCCGCACAGCUGGCACGGCUCUUGGAGUUGGUAUUGUGAAUAUCCUCCACACGGUGAAUCCGUCUCUGGUCAUCCUGUCCGGCGUUCUCGCUCAGCACUACGUGACUCCAGUCCAGGAGGUCAUCAGCCAGCGCGCUCUCUCUUCCACCAGGGACAUCAAGGUUGUGACUUCUGACCUCGAGGAGCCGGCCCUGCUGGGGGCCGCCAGCAUGGUGCUGGACUACGCCACCCGCCGCACCUAUUGAUCCACGCAGCCAAUCGGACAGUUUGCUCUGAAACAUGCAGACCGCUCACACUGAGACUUGGAGCCACGUGGCUGACAGAGGGCCAAUCAAACACUUUGUUUUACUUCUUGAACCUGAAGAUUUUCUGGAGCAUGUUUUCCUUUUUUUUUUCUCCUUCUUUAAAUCUCCUCUUUGUAAUCAGGCCUUACCUGCUUUUGUACAGUAUUUGGGAUCAAGAUUUCUGAGUAAGAGAGUCUUAUAUUGUUCAGUUUAAAGGAGUCGUUCUCCCAAAACUGCUACCAUGACUGCCAGCCAGUGAAAGCUGCUGGUGACCAGUUAGCACAUCGUUGUUGUUGCGACGUAGCUCCUACCUCCAAAAUGGUAACUUUACAGAAGGAAAACAUCUUUGGUCAUGAAGGUGUUGAUGCAACGUAUUGGGCAGCUGGAGUUUUUCAAUACUGUAAAAAAUAAAAACAACAACAAAAUGGAGACGGAAAGUUUUGUUCCAGCAGCAAUGAUAUGCUAAGAGAUCCGUACUGGAUUUAUCCAGUGUUUUGGACUGACUAAGACAGACUAGUAUGGGUAGCGUAUGGUUUUUUAUGCAUAUAAUCGCUGUUAGAACAUAACUGUAUCUCCUUUUUUUUAUUUAUUGAUCUUUUAAUCUUUUCUUGAUUACUGUACAGGUACCGACACGCUUCCAUCAAAGCGUUCGCUUUUGUUUUUUUGUACGUCAUUUUUAUGCACCAAGUCGCCCAGCAAUACGGCGAUGCAGUUUACUGUUAGAAAGUUUGAAAAUUGUUUGCGGGAAUUGAAAUUUGAUUCCUGCAGACCACUUUAUGAGCAGUUAUUCACAGCAGUAACAGUCAUCUCAUUUGCAACACAAGCACCAAAUGAGCAAACACUAGCAAAUCUGUAGAUCCUCACAGUCAAAGCCUUGCCGCUCUCCACAGAGACACCAUCGUCCAAAACGUGGUCUUGAUAACACAGCAAGAGUCAGAGAUCAGUUUAGAGAUCAACAUCUCAGGCCAAAAUAAACUCCUACAUUCUAGCCUCUGUUACUCAACCUGAGAGUGUUACCUUUCCAGUGAGACCAAGAUCACGACUGUAGCCUAAAGUCUGUGGGAACAGCGCACCCUUUUACUUUGGGUUUGCCAUUUCAGGCAAAAAUGGGGUGACAGUUAAAAGGUUAGAAAAACAGCAGCUGUUCUGUACUAAAAUGGCUUAACGUUAGCCUAGCGAUCAGGCUACAGACCCAAACAGUGCCGCACACCGCAGUACAGGCUUGAUUCUGACAAUUGGAGCUCUGGUUGAUACAAAUAAAAUUAUAAUGUUGAAGAGAGCAAAAGUAGAGUGACAGUAAGCCGAAAUCGAACCUGUUCUGUGGUGUUUAGCUUAGUUAGCAGCCCACAUGUGCCACACCACAGCUAACUGAUGCUAAAAUAACACCCGUUUAGAGGAGAGCGCAAAGUUGAGUGACUGAAUUUGAGCUCCACAUCACCAAUAAGUGAGCCCUAUAAAGUAUUAAGGGUUGGACUGUGUUUUUAUCCAUUCAAAUAGGAAUUUGAAUGUCAUACUUUUAAAAUACCGUCAUCAUUUUUAUAUAUUAUCGUUUUUACAUACCGUGGUCUGACAUGUCACACCGCCCAACCCUAUUCUGGAGGUUUUGUUCCAACAGUGACGACGUGCUAACUGACCAUUACUGGAUUUCAUUCAUUUUUGCCAGUGUUCAAGGCUUUUAGGUCAAGAGCAAAAGAUGUCUUACUGUUAAUUAGAUUAUAGGAGUAUUUCGCCUGGAUCUGCUAAUGUUCUGCUGGUGGUGACGACUUAACUUCCUUGCACCUUUUCUAUUCAGAGGAGUGAAAAUCCCUUUGUCUUUUUGCAUCAUGUAAUUGAGCCCACCCACCCACUAUAGUGAAAUGAAAACAAAUCAUGUUGUGUGUUGAUAAUCCGACCAGAACCUGCACUACUAGCACGAUACUCCUUUAAAGGAAUGUUCUAAAGUUUUUCGACCUCCACCGCCUGCAUCUCUAUUGUACCGCAGAUUACCAACAACAGUAUGGGCAUGUUUUUCAGUUCAGAGUAGUGGUCUGCACUCCCAAUAUCUUAUGGCGCGGGACUAAUUUUCAGUGUGGAGCGGGCGGGAAACCAGCCCACUGCAGGCGGGAGCAGGCCGAAGCACACAUGAAGAGAAAUCCGCAAAUUAAUGAAGCUUAUAUAAAAUAGAACGAUCACUAAAUCGUAUAUACGAAUGUAAAAUGAUAACAGUAAAACAAUUAAAAUGAAUGAAGUCAUUCUAAAGAGUUGCGAAGCAACAGAUCACGUGAGCAGCACACACAUUCUCGUAGCUUAGACAUGAUUCAUGCCACGCAAAAGCAGUAUGUGUGAGUGAUGUGGAAAGUCUUACUUUUCAUUUUGGUGUCCAUGUUCACAAGUGGUCAGUGCUUUCUCACAGGCUGAGUCCCAGACGCUGCACUGAAGCGCCACAGUGUUUAGAGAAUAGACCCGGUGCUGAUUUUAUUCACUCAGCAAAAUAGACUGAAAUAAGCCAUGAAAAUCAAUGAAAAUUAAACAAAAGACCGUGUACAAACUUAAAAACGCUAUUUUUAAAUUCAGUUUAAGUAAUGACGAAAUACUAGUGAAGCAUUCUGUGCUGCAGACGGAUUUCCCGGUUGGUCUACUACGCUUGAAACUUUUGCCUAAUCACAAGCCAGAAUGCUGUCGAGGAUAAACAAAUAUAUCGUGCACUUCUAUAAAUGAUAUUUUUGUUGAGCAGAGUGACGGAUGUGACCAUUUAUUCGUCUGGAAACAGGACUGUCUGUAUAAGUUUCUCGCUGCUCCGCCCCACAGCUCAAACACUGUGUGUAUAAAAGGCCAGUGUGUUUGAGCUGUAGCCCUUGCACUGCUGCAUCACUCCUGCCAUGCAGGGGCAGCAUGUGUGAAUCAGGUAUUAGAGGGACGGUGGAGCCUUCAGUCUGACGCCCGCAGCUGCCCAGCAAAACACCAAAAAUAACCGCUCUCUGGUGUAAUUCCUGCUCUGUGUUUACUGGGAGUAAAUGCCAUUUGGUGAAGUUACUUCGCAGUGAGCCUGAUGACCAUGACUGCCGUGUUUGUGAUUAGACUGUGUCAGAUAUUGGAUGUCAGUUCGCCUUGACGGAUCUGCCCGAGCAGGAGCAGGACAAAACGUUUCGGUUGUGGGUCGGGAGCGGGACAAAAGAUUUCGGUUUUCUGCGAGACUAAACAAACAGUCCGGCACAGACCUCUAGUUCAGAAGACGAUUGGGCGGUCGCUGGAUUCUGCAAAUUAAACAUUUGACCGCGUAAUGCGAAUUCACAACUACAACCGUUACAGGUGAUGAGAAUGUCCAUCAGAGCUGUUCUCGUGAAGUUCUGUCCGCACGACACAUAUGAAAGUAGUAUCCAUGGCGAUCAAACUCCACCCCUAGUAACGAAAAACCAGUCCCACCUCCGAAAGAGAAAUGUGUACGGAUUUAGAGUUUACCUUCUGGUUGCUAAUGACUGAAAAAAUGAAAACAUUUAACGCAUUUCAAACUUUGUGUUACACAUCUGUUUUGAGAGAGCUUCUGCCCGCUGACCUCUAAUAUGAGGGCGUUUCGUGUGAGCAGGAUGAAAGACGUUGACGAUACAGAUGCAGCAGACAGAGAUUAGGUUGACGUAUUUCUUCUACACUAGUAAUUUUCUACAGUCACUAAUGGCUCUGGUAUUAGAGUGCAGUGCUAAUAUUUAUCCAGCAGCUGGUUGUGUUACAGUAUGUAUGCCUGUGCUGGUGCAUCAUGAACAAAUGAAGGUCGAAGCUCAAACUGGAAACGCUAUUCUGAUGAAGCUGCUCUGCCACAGACUGAUUUCGUAAUGUAUGGAGACUGAAGUCUAUGUAAUCUGUUCUAACUCACUGUCUAGAACAUGUUGCUUAUUAUGGUGAAGUAUAGAGGAACCAGCCAUUCAAGUAUGUCUCACUUAUGCGCUUAAUUCAUGCUUCUUUAUGCUCGGCGGUGACCUGCAUAUCUUGGAAUGUCCUCUUUUACAACUUUGAGACGUCAUCUUGAACACAAUGUCCUCAUUUCUCAUAUCUGUCCCCCCAUAUAAAUGUGAACGGUGCAUAUUUGUUUGCAUUUCAGUGGAGGUUACACUGUUUCCGUUAUUCUGUCAAGGAAAGACUGUUACACCAGCCCAACAUGGGAUAUGUCCCAUGCACUAUAAAGAACCUUGCUUUAAAGAACUUCACAAUACAGUCACUACUAUAUCACACACAUCAACACCUUCACUGUUGACCCCUCUGAGUCUAGACUGAAGCUUGAUGUGACCUACAGUAAAUAUCUCAUUUAUAUUCCUUUUUUUUUAAAUUUUGUGUUUAUAUAAUCUUAAAUCUGUCCUGAGUUUUUAGAUCUGCUUGUAAUAUAAAUUAUGAAAUUACUUGAUUAAUAUAAACUGAGAUGUUUGUUUUGACACGCAAACACUGCGUCAUUUCUUUUAUCUCUUUUUUUUUUUAUUUUAUUUUCUUAAAACCGUUAAAGAUGUGCAAUCGCACUGUGGGUCCACCAGGGGUCAGUAGUGGUGCUAGUGAGCAUCUUUGUCUCAGCUAGCGCGAGCUAUCUGGUCAUGUUUUGGAACACUGUUAUCGGGGACCAUUUUUAUGUUCCCCUAAUGGACACAGGCGCUUUUGGGCCUCUUUAACACCUCGUUUUCAGCAAUCCUGAGUAAAUAAAGAAAGAAAGAAAUAAAGAAAUUUAAAAAAAGA